CUCUUUAACAAACUAACAAAGUUUCGUUUUUUUAAACCUCCCUUCCAAUUUCCAAAUCUCGUUCCAUCUUCAACUAUGACCCUUAUCUUCCACUUCCAUUUUCAACUACCCGUUUGAGCCUCCUUCACAUUCACCCAAUCAAAAUCCUUUCUUUCUCUUGUUUUCUUUCUGGGAAAUGGGGGCCUACAGAGCGGACGACGAUUACGAUUACCUCUUCAAGGUGGUGCUGAUCGGUGACUCUGGCGUCGGAAAAUCGAACCUUCUCUCUCGCUUCACAAGGAAUGAGUUCAGCCUUGAAUCCAAGUCCACCAUUGGUGUUGAGUUCGCCACCAGAAGCAUUAAGGUUGAUGAUAAGGUUGUCAAGGCUCAGAUUUGGGACACUGCUGGUCAAGAGAGGUACCGGGCAAUUACAAGUGCUUAUUAUCGAGGAGCUGUUGGUGCUCUACUAGUUUAUGAUGUUACUCGCCAUGUUACGUUUGAAAAUGUGGCGAGAUGGCUAAAGGAGCUGAGAGAUCACACAGAUGCCAACAUUGUGGUAAUGCUUGUAGGAAACAAGGCAGAUCUGCGCCAUCUGCGAGCAGUUUCCGUCGAAGACGCCACUGCCUUUGCUGAAAGAGAGAGCACAUUUUUCAUGGAAACAUCUGCCCUUGAGUCAAUGAACGUUGAGAAUGCCUUCACAGAAGUCCUGACCCAGAUCCACAGCGUCGUAAGCAAGAAGGCCCUUGAAGUUGGUAAUGAUCCAGCAGCAUUGCCGAAAGGGCAGACGAUCAAUGUUGGUUCCCGGGACGACGUCUCAGCGGUGAAAAAAGGUGGAUGUUGUUCUAAUUGAGUAUGUAGUACAAGUGUCUGUAAUUUUAAAUUCAGAAUCUGCCUUGUUUAUAACCAACCAUGUAGAGAUUGCCCAGACAACAGCAUCAGAAUGAUAUUCUAGAGAGGAGCAUCAAACCAUAAUUUAUGUUUAUGUUUUGGUCGGAAGAGGGAAUCUGUUGGAUAUUAGCUAGAGCCUAGGUGUUUUUCACUUUCAUUUAACCUUAUAAGAUAUUCAUAAU